GUGAAGUUGCAGAAGCUGCGUGCUGCUAUUUGUGCCAGACUGCAGCCCACCACGCAGCAGCAGCAGCUUAACGGAGCAAACCAUUGCAGCGCUUCAGGUUCGAACACCUGCCUUACCGGCCCUUUCCGUCACCAAAAGGCUUUCGUUGUAAGAUAGGUGCGCUUACUCUGCUAUACUACCGAAGGAUUUGGGACGCUGCCGCCCUGUGGACGCUGCAGUCGAGAGGCUCCGGCGAGAUGCGCGUCCAACUGCGCCGGUACCCCCAUCGCGAAGGCGGCAGCAUCACCCCGCCGCCUGCAAUGGCGCUAUAGCCGCUCCAGUCAGUAGCGUGCAUCCUCCUCACAUACGGCUCCGCGGAGGCCAUUCCGUCCGGGACGCUCCGAACAAGCGUGGGAUCGAAAUGCGCCUUUCGAAAGGUUCUGCAGCGAGAGCGUCGGUGUUUGUGCUUUAGCUUCCACUGAGUGUGGCUUUCACUACUUGUGCAUCACGCGUCAAACGGAGCCGAAGCCGCGAAUGUGUGAAGAGGCCUGAGAGGAUUCUAAAACGGCAUCGAUCGGACCAGAUUUGGCACGCUGCAGUAGGUCAACCCGAACGCUCAGUCCUGAGUUCUAAUGAGGCCACGGCGAUGCUGACACCCCCGCUGAAUCCAAAGACAUCAUAAUGCUGAAGACGGAGGCCACGGGGGAGAGGACCAGCCUCCGGAGUGCCUCCCCGCACCGCAAUGCCUACCGGGCCGAGUUUCAGGCCCUCAAGAAGGCCUUCGACAAGCCUCAAACAGAUGGAAAUGCCAAGCCCAAGGACCUCGAACGGGGGAAGCAACCAAGGGGCCGCCAGUACGGCACACACGUCAGCCGCAUUAAGGACAUGUUCAUGCAGAUGGGCUCAGAAAGUGUGGCUGUCAAAUCAAGGGGUCAAGAGGAUACCUCACCCCAAAAACCGGUCAAGCCAACCAACUUCAUUAACAAGGCGGAUGGAUCGGUGAUAAAACUCCAUCAUUCCUCAUCGGCUGAAAGGGUAGGCGGUGCGGGAGCAAAGUUCUCAGAAACCAGGAAGUUGUUUGAACAGCAUUCACGUGACCAGUCCCAAUCGCCAGUCUACUCUUGCGGACGCGAGAAAAGGGGUUCCCACGAGCACCUCGACGACUGCCGAGGUGCCAGGUCCAACAGAGGCAGUACGGACUCUCUGGACUCGCUGUGCUCCAGAACGGAGGCGUCGUCGCCAACUGUUAGCCAACUGAGUGCUGUUUUUGAAAAUGCCGACCAACACCACCAGGGUAUGCCCUGCAGGGGAGUCAGCAGACGGGCCUUGUACUCACCGGACGGAUUCCAUCGACAAGGCGGGGAUAUCAGCGAGGACGAUGCGCGACAAUCUCCAAAUCGUGGAACUUAUCGCAGCAGGAAAGUGGGCAAGUUCCCGUCAUCUGUGUCCGCCGAUGACCUUCAGAGUUCGAGUCCCGCGGCGGAGACAGUGGAGCGCAAGCUAAUCUUACGAGACAAGGAAGCCCAGGAUAAAGCUGAUAAGAGACAACUAUCUAAUGGAAGUCAGGUCAAUGGCUCCUGCGAUGAAGAUGACAAACAUUCAGAAACACCACAAUAUAUUGAGGAAGCUAAUGACGGGUCAACAAGUACAAAUGAUGUGAUUACCAACAAAACCUUUGAGGAUGCAACUCCUGAUCCACCAAUCACAAAAACUGCUCUAACCGAAGAAAGCCAAGAAGAUCCUACCAGAGAAGACACAUCUCCGGACUCUCCCAAAGACCAAGCGGAUGAACCCGAAGAGGAAUACACCGGAAACGAGCGGGUGAUUUUUAACGCGGAUGGAGACGCGUGCUACCAGGGUUGGGGGGAAAGUUGCACCGAUCCCGAGGAUGAGCUCUAUGGAGACGACGAAGAUUUCGUCUACGACCCUGGCGCCGAUGUAACCGAGAUUCCUGGUUUGCCAGAGGAAAACAAAGACGAUGUCCCGCCAAAGCGGAAGAUUCGCUUCAGCACUGCUCCUAUUACGGUAUUCAACACCUUCUCCAACGAGGACUACGACCGCCGUAAUGAAGAAGUGGAUCCCGUGGCCUCGUCGGCAGAGUACGAGCUGGAGAAGCGCGUGGAGAAGCUCGAGCUUUUCCCUGUGGAGUUGGAGAAAGAUGAGGACGGUUUGGGGAUCAGCAUCAUCGGCAUGGGUGUCGGCGCUGAUGCGGGCCUGGAGAAACUGGGCAUCUUCGUCAAGACCGUCAUUGAAGGCGGAGCGGCCGAAAGAGAUAGCAGGAUCAAAGUGAACGACCAGAUAGUGGAGGUGGACGGGACCAGCCUGGUGGGCGUCACACAGAGUUUUGCAGCCUCUGUCCUCAGGAACACAUCAGGAGUCGUACGCUUUGUUAUUGGCCGAGAGCUACCGGGCCAGCAGAGUGAGGUGGCCACGCUCAUCCAGCAGACCCUGGAGCAGGAGAAGAGACAGCGAGAGCUCCUGGAGCAGCAGUACGCUCAGUAUGACGCCGAUGAUGAUGAGCAGACGGGUGAGUACGCCACAGACGACGAGGAGGCCACGCCCGGCACGGCGAGCGAGGGGAAGAGCAUCGAAGUGUUCGACCUGCCGGAGAACGAGGACGUUUUGUCGCCCUCGGAUUUGGAUGCCACCAAAUUGUACCAGAAAUUCAGAGAGCUUCAGAUCAAACACACAGUGACUGAGGCCGAGAUCCAGAAGCUUAGAAACAAGUUGACCUCUGUGGAGAGGGAGAAGCAGCGCUGGGAGAAGGAAAAGUGCCAGUUGAAGGCCAGCAUCGAGGAGAACAAGGAAAGGAUGCUGAAGCUGGAGAGCUACUGGAUCGAGGCGCAGACCCUGUGCCACACGGUCAACGAACACCUGAAGGAGGCCCAGGCGCAGUACCAGACUUUGGAGAAGAAGUACAACAAAGCCAAGAAACUCAUCAAAGAUUUCCAGCAAAAGGAGGUGGAGUUCAUCCAGAAGGAGGACGCCGAAAGGAGACGACUGGAGGAGGCUGAGAAAGCUCACCUGGCUGAGAUCCAGGCACUGCAAGUCAGGAUUGCAACACUGGAGUCGGAGCUGAUGCAGUUGAUGAAGCAGAACAACAUUCAGGUCAACAACAACAACAGCAACGGUGCCGAGAGGCCGCGCGCUCUGCGGAACAGCCCCGACAGAGCUGCGGCACUCGAUAGAGACCUGAGGAAGGGUUCACCCAGCAGAGCGAAAGGCUCCAGAGCAAACAGCGUCAGCUCCACAGAGGGAGAGGUCUCAGAGGGGCGCCGCAGUCCAGGCCAUAGUCGCUCUGGCUCCAUUCGUAGUGCGGGUUCUUAUGAUGCGGACCCCGGGGGUUUGGCCAGUGCAGAAGGAUCCCCCAGACGAAAAAAAGAAGGUUCUCUUGCAACAUCAAGCCCCUCUCGUCGAGUGGACGAGUCUGGUUGCACAAUGCCGCUGGCAGAGGACAGCCCUCGAAAAGUCAAGGCAAAAUUUCAAGAGACUCAUAUUACAUUACCACACUAUUCAUAUUACCUGGGACCCACUUUGAGCGAGGACCUGAGUGCCAGCAGCGGCAGCUCCGUGGAGAUCAGCGGACUGGCCGGCGAAGCUAAAACGUCGGGACGUGAUGAUAAUUUAGCGCUUUCGUCUGAUGAGAGUCUGGAUAUGGUAGAUGAUGAGAUCCUAGAAGACGAGUGGAUUAUAAAGCAGCAUCAGUGGCAGAACCACAGCGUAUCAGAGUGGACCUCUCAGCAAGUGGCCGACUGGCUUAUGGGCCUCAGUUUAGAACAAUAUAUUCCAGAAUUUACUGCCAAAAACAUAAAUGGAGAAAAAUUGCUCCAACUGGAUCGUGUCGAGCUCAAGUCCCUUGGGGUAACUUCUUCCCAAGACCGAUCCUUGAUCAAGAAAAAGAUUAAAGGCCUUCAAGUUCUGAUGGAGAAGGCCAAGAGGAACCAUGAAAAAGUGGAGAAACAACGUGAGAAGCUCAAAAAGAAAAUGGUGGAGCAACAGCAGCCUGAGUGAUCCGAUCCUGUAUGACUCUUUAUGACUCUUGC